AUGGCCCUGUGGGAAUACGUCCUUAAUUGGUUACGCAGUCUAUUCUUCCAGCAGGAGAUGGAGCUCUCUCUUAUCGGCCUUCAAAACGCCGGCAAGACGUCUCUUGUUAACGUCAUCGCUACUGGCGGUUUCAAUGAAGACAUGAUCCCAACGGUGGGCUUUAACAUGCGCAAGGUGACCAAAGGGAAUGUGAGCAUAAAGCUGUGGGAUCUGGGCGGGCAACCAAGAUUCCGGAGCAUGUGGGAGAGAUACUGCCGAGGUGUGUCAGCCAUCGUCUAUGUGGUGGAUGCAUCAGACCAUGACAACAUCCCAGUGUCACGCAGAGAGCUGCAUGAGCUGCUCAGCAAGCCGUCUCUCGCCGGCAUUCCGCUGCUGCUGCUGGGGAACAAGUGCGACAAGGCAGAAGCCGUUUCACGGGAUGCCCUCAUUGAAGCCAUUGCCAUGGCUUCCCUCUCUUUCGCCGCCUCCGUCGCCACGUGUCCGGCAGUGGUCGCUUCCCUGUCAACCGCGCCGGUUUCCUCGCGGCGACUAAACGUCGAGUCGGCGCACCACGUGAACAAGAAGGCGACGGGCCGCCACGUGGCGACGCGGCCGAAGAAGCACGCGGUGUGGGACAGGAAGCGCGGCGGAACCAAGGAUUACGGGCCGUUGCCCGAGGCGCCUCCCGUCUGGCGUAUAGAGGAGGAUGAGAAGGCUCCGGCCGCUUCGUCGUAG